AAAUUAUUAGUAAAAGUUUGGCGUGAGACGAAGACGGAAGUAGGUGGGGGUGAAUCAUCUUAACUUCCCAGAAGGAGUAGCGUGACCCGGAUGUAGAAUCCUCCAGGUCGGCUAUCACACAUGUGUUUCACACAGUUACAGAAACAGAUUAAGAAACAACCAUCAUGACGUCAUUGGCCCACCAGCUGAAGAGGCUCGCGCUGCCUCAGAGCGACCCCAACCUGCUGACCCGCAGAGAGGUCGCCUCGCUCCUCUUCGACCCCAAAGAUGCUGCCUCCAUGGACAGAAGCACCUUCUACGCCCUCGGCUGCACGGGGCUGGAGGAGCUGCUGGGAAUCGAACCGGCCUUCCUGGAGUUCCAGGACACCCUGUUCAGCGCCGCCUCGCUGACGCUGGAGCGGAGCGUCCAGUCCAAAGAGGUCAACGAGAAGCUGGACGCCGGCAUCUCGCUCUUCCUCACCCGCCUCUGCCCGUACUUCCUCCUCAAACCGGCUCACAAGUGCAUCGAGUGGCUGGUUCACCGGUUCCACGUCCAGCUGUACAACGCCGACAGCCUGUUGGCCUGCGCGCUGCCGUACCACGACACCAACGUGUUUGUCCGAGUCCUGCAGCUCGUCAAGAUCAGAGACGCCACGAACCGCUGGAACUGGCUGCACUGCCUGCAGAAACCCGGCGUGCCGUUGUCCAGAGGAACCCUGAUCACUCACUGCUACACAGACCUGAGCUUCAUGGACUUCAUCUGCACCAUGGUCACCAAGGCCAUCCAGGCGUACUCGGGACGUUCAGGAAGCUGCUCCCAGCUCAGAGUGAUCUUCUCGUUCUACGCGUCCACCAUCGUCGCCGCCCUGGACGCCGUGGACAGAGUGUCCGACACCAUCAUCUCCAAACUGCUGCCGUACGUUCAGAAGGGUCUGAAGGCGCCGCUGACCGACUAUAAAGCCGCCACCUACAUGAUCGUGUGCCAGCUGGCGGUGAAGGUGGUGAUGGAGGCGAGUCUGGUCGACACCCUCGCCGUGCACAUCAGCAAGUCUCUUCUCAAAGAGCCCGUGUUGGCGAAGGAGGGCGUCGGCUGCCUCAUCGUGCUGCUGCAGAACCAGAAGGAGGGCGCCGCCGGGCCCAGAGCUUUCAGCCGUCUGAGCUCCAUGCCGGCGCUGGUCUCCACGCUGCAGGUCAUGGCGGCGGCUCAUGAUGUCAGUCCUCUGCUGCGCCACCUGCUGCCUCACCUGGUCGGCGCCGUGUUCACCUGCAGCUCAGGUGAGACGGACGAGCUCGGCGUGCUGGCGUCCAUCCUGCAGUCGGUCCCUCUGACCGACGGGCUGGACCGAACUGUGGCUCGGUCGCUGCUGGACGAGUACCUGAGUCAGACCGAGCUCUCUGCCGACAACAUGUCCGCCCUCGACCGGCGCCUGCUGCCUCUGGUUCGACUGUUGGAGUCCAGGUACUGUGGCGCUCUGGACGGCGUCCUCGGAGGUCACGUGACCGACAUCAGCAGCAGCGAGCAGAAACAGCUGUUCCAUCAGUUCCUCUCGCUGUCCAUGAGCAGCGGAAAAUACCAGAUUAUGGGCGACUCGGACACGUCGCUGCUCCUCAGUCUGAAACACCCGCAGCCUUCAGUCAGAGUCUUGGCUGUGGAGCACCUGAUGAGCAUCAUCACCUCCGGACAGCAGCAGAGUUUGGACGAAGGCUUCCUGAAAGACGCCGCCGUGGACCGACUGAAGGACGACGUGCCGGAGGUCGUGGCCGCCGCUCUCAGAGUCCUGGAGGUGCUGCUUGAUGUUUUGGACCCUGAAGACACCGUGUUGUGUUUACUGUCACUGCUGCACAGAGUGGAUCUGUCGGUGGCGGAGCACUGGCUGCCGGUGCUGACCGAGGCGGUGCGUUUGCUGUCCGACCCCAGGCUGGGAAAGGGGGACUCCGAGCUGCUGCUGAGGGCGGGCUGGAGGCUGCUGCCCUUCCUGGUCAUCACCUCCGCUCAGCCCCACCUCUCCACCUGCGUCGCCCGAUCCUCCAUCGUCAGCCAACACCCGCUCACCCUGAACUGGGCUCAAGAGCUGGAUGAGGUGAUGAAGAGGAGCUCUGAAACCGACUUUGUAGGUUUGGCCAACCAGCGUCUCGUCUACAUGCUGACCAAGAACCUGGCGAACAUGGAGCACUUCUCCAGACGGGACGCUCUGGAGAAGCUGGCUCUGUCUGUGGAGGAGCAGCAGCGGGGAUCCGGACUCAGAGCCAGGGCUUCCUUCCUGGUGCUGACCCAGACUCUGCUGCUGGGCCUGGGCGAGCUGAGCGAGACCCAGCACCUGCUCACCGCUCAGAGGGUCUACAUGCUGCUGGAGCGCCCCCUGCUGGAGGUCACCAGGGACGACACCGCCCAGGAAGCAGAGAGUCACGGCCGCGUCCCCUCGUCCUUCUCUGAAGCCCUGACUGCGUACCUGAGCAGGUGUGUGCAGCAGCCCGGGGAUCGGCUGGACAGAGAGUACGGCUUCGCUCUGAUGUGUCUGCUCAGAGACUUCAUCUCCUCCCUCAGGUGUCACGACACCUCCUUCAAAGGUGAGGUGUGGUGGAACCCGGAGAAGCUGGAUACAAACACCUGCUGCUACCUCGGCCUCCUCUGCCGCCUCUUCAGCGUCACCAUCAGCGGCGCCGGGGAGGGGCCGGCGGCUGGCAUCUUCAGAGACUUAAUGAAACUCCUCAUCCAGGUUCACCUGCGCGAGCCGCCGAUGCUCUUCCGGUUCCUGUGCGUGCUGUGGGGAUACGGCAGUAACCACGGAGACCAGCUGGACGUGAAGGUCGGCGCCGUCCUGCAGACUCAAGCUCUGUACAUGGGUAGAGCUCUACUGGGCGCCCAACCGACCGCCAUGCUGGAGGAGCUGGCAGCCGCCAACUCGCCCGUGUUCCCGUCCUUGCUCUGCUGCCUCAGCUCUCCGGUUCGGGAGGUCCGGAGGGCGGCCCUCGGUGCUCUGCAGAGCCUAUCAGGAGCCAAAGGUUCUCCCUUCCAGCCAAUCACAGAGAAGCUUCUGAAGACGCCAGAGGAGAUCAUCGCUGACCCUUCGUACCUGAGCCAGGCUCUCGGCGUGCUUUAUGAUGAGUGUCAGACCGUCAAAGUGAAGACGCAGCAGACGAAGCUGCAGUCGUCGAUGCGGCAGCUGCUGCAGAGCGUUCAGACUCCCAGCUGCCCGUCGUACAGCGCCGCCGGCCUGCUGCGAGUGCUGAGCCACGUCAACGGACAGGCAGUCCUCUCGGCCCUGCUCCCUGUUCUGGAUCGCCUCCUGGAGCAGAGCGGGCCAGACACCCCCACCUUGCUGCGGGCCGAGGCCCAGCUGAUGCAGCUCGUCCUGGGGAAGUACAACGAGGCGUCUGCGCCCCUGCUGGCCGGGGACCAGAACUGUCUGGAUCUGUUUAUCCGAGCUCUGAGGACCUCGAUUCAGCAGCACCCCGACAUCCCCAGCUGCCAGAUCUCUGCACUGGAACAGAUAACGAAGCCGUUCUUCCCAGCCCUGGGAGACGAGAAGGUGCAGCAGAAGCUGCUGUCGGUGAUAUUCGACCUGCUGGUGGAGAGCAGGAGUCCUCUGGUGGCCAACACCAUCAGCAGCGUCUUUAAAGGGAUUGCAGUUGACGGUCAGCUGGUGGCCAAUGAGCUCGCUCCACCGGAAAAACCCAAAGUCAGUGUGACGGUGCAGCAGACCCGCAGGAGCAGAAUGACACAGAGGAAACCUCAGGAGAGCGGUGAUGUGGAUCCAGAGGGUGGCGCUGUGUCGUGGCAGAGAGUCACACUGAUCCUGGAGCUGCUGCAGCACAAGAAGAAGCUGAAGAGAGCCCAGAUGUUGGUGCCGGUUCUGUUCUCCCUGCUCGCCAGGAGUCUGGAGCCGUGUUCAGGUGAUCACACCAACAUGGAGUACACCAAGCAGCUGCUGCUCAGCUGUCUGCUCAACGUCUGCCACAAACUGUCCCCUGAUGGCGGCGCUGUGGGUGCAGACGUCCUGGAUGAAGAUAAAUUCAGCGUGGAGUUGGUGGUUCAGUGCAUCAGAGCGUCCGACAUGCCGCAGACGCACCACCACGCUCUGCUGCUGCUGGGCACCGCCGCCACCAUCUUCCCUGAGAAAGUCCUGCACAACAUCAUGCCCAUCUUCACCUUCAUGGGAGCCAACAUCAUGCGACUGGACGACGCCUACAGCUUCAGAGUCAUCGACAAGACGGUUCAGAUGGUCAUACCGGCUCUGAUCAAGGCCCAGCAGCUCUCUGUCGACGGCUCUUCGUCUCAGGUGGACGCCGUGGUGACGAGGAUCGUGCACGUGUUUGCCGACGCGUUGCCACAUGUUCCCGAUCACCGGCGGCUGCCCAUCCUCGCCCAGCUGGUGACCACGCUGGGCCCCGCCCGCUUCCUCUGGGUCCUGAUGCUCCUCCUGUUCAAGCUGCACGCCACGCAGACGGCGAGCUCUGUGAGCGAAAAGGAUGCAGCUCUGGAGAGAGACAUGGACUUCUGGAUCGCUCUCUGCUGUCAGUUCGAGGUCACCGACCAGCUCACCUCCAUCAUCAACAUCCUGAACUUCCUCCUGCAGCUGCCCGACGACAAAGACGACGCUGCCGUGAAACGCUCCGUCGGCCGGCGAGGAACCAGGAAGAAGGAGGAGGAGGAGGAUGAGGAGAAGGCGCUGAUCUUCAGUCUGGACGCUCACAGCAGCAAAGAGCUGCGACAUUUCAAGUUCCUCUCCGUGUCCUUCAUGGCUCAGCUGCUCGGCUCUGCCAGCUUCAUCGGGAAGGUUGCCGACGGUGGCGACGCUGACGAUGAGUCUUUGCAGCAGCUGCAGCAGAGGCUGUUGGAGGAGAUCCUGCGUUACAUCCACAGUGUAGCUCGCUGUGUGGAGGAGAACGCUGACAGACCCACCGCCAAGUUCUGGAGAGUUCUGCUCAAUAAAGCGUACGACGUCCUCGAUAAGGUGAACUCCCUGUUGCCCACGGAUACCUUCAUCACAGUGAUGAGAGGGUUGAUGGGAAACCAGCUGCCGUCGGUCAGGAGAAAAGCGAUGGAGCUGCUGAACAACAAACUGCAGCACAGGACGCAGUGGGAGGAGCAACAGGUCACUGCGCUCUUACAGCUGACCGGCGACCUCCUGAGCAUUGUGGGUAAAGGUCACGGUAAGGUGACGGAGGCGGAGCAGGCUAUAAACCGGCAGACGGCGCUCUACAGCCUCAAGCUGCUGUGUCGCAGUUUUGGCUCCGACCACCAGGAGGCGAUGGUGCCCGUCCUGCUGCGGGCGGUGGAGAUCGUGACGGCGUCGGAGGAAGAGAAGAACGUGACGGGCAGCGCUCUGCUCUGCAUCGCCGAGGUGGUCAGCACGCUCAAGGCCCUCGCCAUCCCGCAGUUACCGAGGUUGAUGCCGGCGGUGCUGCACACGCUGACCGACAGGAAGGAGCUGCUGACCAAUGAGAUCUACCUGCUGAGCGCCGUCACCGCCCUCCAACGUGUCACAGAGACGCUGCCGCACUUCAUCAGCCCGUACCUGCAGGACGCCACCUUACAGGUGUGUCGGCUGACUCGGCUGGUAGAGUCUUCCUCCUCCUCUUCCUCCUCCUCGUCUUCAGCCACCGCCCAGCUGUCCGCACGUCUCUCCUCCCUCAGGAGCACCCUCGCCACCAAGCUGCCCCCCAGGGUCCUACUGCCCACCCUCGCCAAGUGCUACAGCAACAUGGUCGUCGACAAGAAGGCCCAGCUGGGGGCGCUGAUGAGCAUCCUGAAGGAACACAUCAGUCACAUGGACAAAGAGCAGCUCAACUUCCACCAAUCAGAGCUCACCUCCUUCUUCCUCACCGCUCUGGACUUCCGUGCUGAACACUGCGAGGGCGAUCUGGAGAAGACGGCGCAGAUCGAGGGCUGCGUGAUCGACUGUCUGCUCGCCAUGGUGAUGAAGCUGUCCGAGGUCACGUUCAGGCCGCUCUUCUUCAAGCUGUUCGACUGGAGUAAGUCCGACAGUAAGGAGCGUCUGCUGACCUUCUACCGACUGUCCGACCGUAUCGCCGAGCGGCUCAAAGGACUCUUCGUCCUGUUUGCAGGAAACCUGGUGAAACCGUUCGCUGACCUUCUGCGACAGACCAACAGCUCAGAGACCGCUGUCUGUCUGUCAGGAGGUGAGGAGAAGAGCUCUCUGCUGCUGCAGUACGUCCUCGACUGUCUCUAUAAGAUCUUCCUGUACGACACUCAGAGGUUCCUCAGCAGAGAGCGAGCCGACGCCCUCAUGAGCCCACUGCUCGACCAGCUGGAGAACACCCUGGGGGGAGAGCAGGUGUACCAGCAGAGGGUGACUCAGCACCUGGUCCCCUGUGUGGGGCAGUUCUCAGUGGCGCUGGCUGACGACACUCAGUGGAAAACCCUCAAUUACCAGAUCCUCCUGAAGACCAGACACACCGACUCCAAGGUGCGUUACUCCUCCCUGCUGAUGCUGAUGGAGCUGGCGUCCAAACUGAAGGAGAACUACAUGGUGCUGCUUCCAGAGACCAUCCCCUUCCUGGCUGAACUGAUGGAGGAUGAGUGUGAGGAGGUGGAGCAGCAGGUCCAGAAGGUGGUUCAGGAGAUGGAGAACAUCCUGGGAGAACCGCUACAGAGCUACUUCUGAGACACACACGAGUUUCAGUCCUUCGUCAGCCUGAACUGAUUUUAUACUUUCUUCUCUCUCGUGUAAAACAAAUAAAUAAAUAUUGUUGUUUGA